AUGCUGGAGACCAUAGCGGCGGCGGGCAUCUGGACCAGGGAGCGUCGCAGGGCGGCCAACCUCAACCAAGAAGGCGACGACACCUGUGCGAGAUGCGGCGAGGCGAUAGAGACAGAGGAACACCGCUACUACGCAUGCCCUGCCAACGCAGAGAUAGGGCACAGCAAUGACACCGACCUGGCGAAGAAGGCGAGGGACGCGCUGGACCAGCGGCAAGACCUGCACUUCUGGCUCCGAGGCAUCCCGCCAGCGGCCUGGGCAGACAAGGUCGACCCAGACGAGGACGCGGCGAAGGCGGCGCAGAUCUUCUGCGCCAGCGAAGAGGCUCAGGCGGCAGCCCAGUCAGGGCACAAGGUUCGAGCAGACUAUGUCUUCACGGACGGCUCAGGUGGUGCAGGGGAAACGGCCAAGGACCCCCGCCUCAGACGCUGCGGCUGGGCAGUGGUGGCCUUCAGGUUCGACGAACAAGGACGUCCGCAGGAAGUGGCUGCCUGGUACGGCACGAUCAGGGCACCGCACACGGUGCCACGGGCAGAACUCACCGCCAUGAGCAAAGCCAUCGGGUACACCACGGCGGCGACAGCCAGGGGGCUCAACAUAGUCAGCGAUUGCAAAUACGCCCUGGACGCACUCAAGCAGAUCCAGGAUCCUGAGGAUCUGGAGUACAGGAGCACGAACUACGACCUCUGGCUCCAGACGAAGCAGCAGCUGCAGAACAGCACGGACACCAUCAUGGGCCACCACAUCCCAAGCCACCUGAUUGAGCACCCAGCCGAACUGGAGAGGUGGAAUGGUCCCACCUGGUGGGUCAUAGGAAACGAGAUGGCAGACAAGUACGCAGGCUGGGGAGCGGAGCAUGGAGCACUGGAUCCAGCCAUCAUCGCGCAGCAGCAGACCAGGGACCAGAUCACCAUGGCGGUACAAAACUGGCUGCUGGCCAUCAACAUGGCGGUGACGGUGGAGGGCCCCAACAAGGCCCCUCAGCGUCCCAAGGCCAAGCGCCGAAAGCCGCAGACGGCGAGGGACAGGGCAGCCCAGCUGGGACACGACGUGCGCAAGCUACAUCCGCGAUGGUGGUGUGCAACGUGUCGCAGUGGCCCAGCCAAAGGACAAAGCAUCAGAGACUGGUUGGCAGAGACGGGAGAAUGCCUCGGGAAGUACGGCGGCCACCAGGACCAGCACGGCAACGUCAGGCUCGACUUCAAGGCGGUGCAGAUCGGCACGCAGGUGGUGCACGUCUCCCACAAGACGCAGUUCACCCAUGGCUGGCUCUGGUGCGAAAAAUGUGGCGGCACCAGCUACCUUGGGGACCACAAGAGCAGGAUCGUGGCAGGAGUGGCAAGGAAGCUGGCAAGGCCAUGUCAGCCCCCAACAGCAGCAGGGCGGCGGGUCUUGGAGGACAUGCAGAGGGGCAAGCUGCCAAGAGGAGCUAAGCCAGCAGCAGACCCAGCUGAUGAGGGUCUCGACGAGAUCACCAUGCCUGGAGAUUUCAAGCUCGGCCUGAGUAACCACGAGGCGAUCGACCUGGACGGGGACAGCUCAGAGGCAGGGGACCCGCAGCCAGCUCCACAGCAGCCACCCAGCCAUCCGCACUCUGUCGCCCACGCCAGCUGGAGGCUCGUGGACCACAUGGAGGGCGACGCGGAGCAGUGGAUGAACAUGGUCGACCAAGAGGUCUGGGACGACAUGGACGACUGGAUGGAGCACUGCGUACCGUACCUCCUGGCCAUCACCAAUGUGGGUGGCGGAACGGACGCGCAAGAGCAGACCAGGGCCGUCACCGUGCAGGAGCUCCAGCAGAUCAAGGACUUCUGCGAAGAAGUCUGGCGUAACACGCACCGCACGCGACGGAGGCUCAUGGCCAGGAUGCUUACCCUCCCGUAUGGUACAAGGCAGCAGGCAGCAAGAGUGCACAUGGACGUUUUCCAGAACAGAAGGAACAACAUCCUAGCGCAGCCGAGAGUGGAUAUGGAGACCAUGGCGGGACCUGAUCAGAGGCACGACGCCAAAAGCCUGAUGCAGACGGCUGUGCAGGUGGCAGUUACGCUGACCAAGCUUCGACACAACAAAGGAGAAGCUGACCAGGACCCCGAGCAGGAGGUGGCGUGGCUCGAGAGGAACAGGCUCGAGCAGCUCAUGCAGUCGCUGGCAGGCUGCUGGAGCCAGAAAGAAGGCGAACAGGGCUGGCCAUCGUGGCAGGCUGCGUGCGUGCCCCAUGUGCUGAGGGCGCUGCAGACUGGCGUCUACCAGAGGCUGUUCAGCAACGUGUCAGGGCCGAGCCGCCAGCGCAGCCAGCGCCGAGCGGCGGAGGAGAUCUGCCGCCUGGCAUGGCUCAACAGCGGAGAGGCGCGCAGGCAGAUCCAGCAGCAGGACCCGAAGGAGGCAGAGCGGCGCAGAGCAACGGCUGAGCAGUUCCCGGGACGUAGCACCAUGGACAUGGCAGACCUCGACCACUUCCCUGAAGAGGAGAACAGCGAGGAUUGCCCCCAGCAGCCCGUAGACAAGCAGGACAGCGAUGACAACCACCAGCAGAUCCCAGAUGUACAGCACAGCAUAGGGUACCACCUGGCAGACCGCAGAGGACCCCAGCGUGGCGAGGGGUUAGGCCACGGAGGACCCCAGCGCGGUGAGGGGUUAGACCGCAGUACCAAAGGCAAGCAGAGGCUCGAGGCGGAGGUCCCUGACGAGCCCAGUGAGCAUGACGCGGACGUCUUGACCAACAGUGUGGUAGACAGGACCUCGCAACUAACAGAGCGGACCCAUACCCUGGGAAACCGACAGACUGAACGCGAGGGGGAGGGCUUGGCCCGCGGAUACCACGUGAACCGCGAACACAGCGAGUGGCAUAGUCGGGGGACCUCGCCUGAGCCAGUGGGCAGUAGCACCGAGGAUGGGGACAGUGCGAGACUCGGCGCUCCCCCGCGCGGCGAGGGGUUAGGCCACAAAACAGCGCAGCCCGAGACGACGGCAGAUUACGACGACACAGACCUGCAGCGGGACUUGGAGAAGAUGUUCGGCGACUUUCCCCAGCGCGGUGAGGGGUUAGACCGCAUGGAACCCCUGCGCGGCGAGGGGCUAGGCCACGGCAAUCCCCUGCGCGGUGAGGGGGUAGACCGCAGGGCCAAAGGCAAGCAGAGGCUUGAGGCGGAGGCCCCUGACGAGCCCAGUGAGCACGACGCGGACCUUUUGACCAACAGUGUGGUAGACAGGACCUCGCAACUAACAGAGCGGACCCAUACCCUGGGAAACCGACAGACUGAACGCGAGGGGGAGGGCUCGGCCCGCGGAUACCACGUGAACCGCGAACACAGCGAGUGGCAUAGUCGGGGGACCUCGCCCGAGCCAGUGGGCAGCAGCACCGAGGACGGAGACAGUGCGAGACUCGGCGUACCCCCGCGCGGUGAGGGGUUAGACCGCAGCAGGCCCCAGCGCGGCGAGGGGUUAG